AGAACAGUUCUAUCCUGUUGCCUCCACCUGUCACAACUGGACAUCAAGGCAGACCUCAAUACAGCAUUUCAGAAGAGCAAAUCUCUCAUUUAGUAUCCCUUGGAAUGAACUGGCAAUGCAUUGCAACAUGCUUAGGGGUAAGCUGUCGGACUCUCUACAGGCACAGACAGCGGCUUGGUGUUGAGCCACUAGCAUAUGCAACACUAUCAAAUGACAACCUGAACAGACUUGUUGGUGAAAUUCUUCAGUCUACCAGAAAUGCAGGAGAACGAUAUGUGCAUGGGAGCUUGAGGUCACGUGGGCUACGCAUUCAAAGGUGGCGUGUUAGACAGAGUCUGCAAGAAGUCGACCCUAUUGGAAGGUCCUUCAGAAGACGCCAUGCAAUACGUCGACGAAUUUACAGUGUUCCAACCUCCAAUCAAUUAUGGCAUAUCGACGGAAACCACAAACUUGUGAGAUGGAGGAUGGUGUUCCACGGCUGUGUUGAUGGUUUCAGUCGAACCAUCAUCUACCUUGCUUGUCUAGACAACAACAGAGCCUCUAGUGUUUUGUCACUAUUCAUUGCUGGUGUUCAGAACUUUGGAUUACCGUCCAGGGUGAGAUGUGAUCAUGGACUGGAAAACACUGGUGUUGCCCGCUUCAUGCUUUACAGGAGAGGAUUGAACAGAGGUAGUGUUAUUACUGGCAGGUCAGUACACAAUCAAAGAAUUGAGAGAUUAUGGGCAGAGGUUAAUCGAGUAGUGUCGUUUCAUUUUGUUAAUCUUUUCAACUUUAUGGAAGAGCAUGAUGUAUUAGAUUCACUUAAUGAGCUCCAUUUAUUUUGUCUUCAUUAUAUUUAUUUGCCACGAAUUCAAAGGGCUGCAACUGAAUUUCAGAACCAGUGGAAUAACCAUGGUCUUUCAACACAGGGGGGGCAAACCCCCCUUCAGCUGUGGCAAAGGGGCAUAGUUAACAAUGCAGGGAUCCAUAACCCAGGUAUGAAUGGUAUAUGUGACAUAGACAGUGGCUUUGGGAUUGAUGACAAUAGGCCACUCUCAGAGUUACAGACAAAUAAUGUUGUUGUUGUUCCAUCAAUUAACAUUACCAUCAGUGACACAACAAUGGAUACACUACAGCAGACUUUUGAUCCAUUUGAAGAUGAUGGAAAUCAUGGUAUAGAUUUGUUUUGCAACCUUGUGCAAUUCAUUGAAGAGAGGUAUUCUUAAAAUCAUUCAAUGAAGAGAUAAAGAAAAAAAUAAAACAAAAGCACACUGAACAGAGAUUUAUUAUUUGAAAAUAGACUAAGAGCUCAUUCACAUCAACGUGAAAAGGUCCACACAGGAUAUUUACUUACUGUAGUUGUGUAACACAAAGCUGAAUAAAGGAGACACUGCCAAUCUUUGUGAUGUGUGAAACCACAAUUUUAUUUUGACAUGGUGUUCUUUGUUGAAAACUAACAUCAACAUUAAUACUGCAUCUGCGGAAUCUGUCAACAUUGAAGACAGAAGGAA